CAUCUCCACCACCGUCUGAUGUCUGAUCGCCGAAGCUUAGUGUAGUUGUCGUCACACCACUAUACACUUGAGAAAGUGAGACGAAACAAGCAGCCAAAGUGACCGUCCUCACUCCUAAUCAUAAGCAUAUAAGAUUCACGUGGCCACCCUUUCUCUCUCCCACUAACAUAACACAUAUAUGUACAUACAAACAAACUUAACCAGACCCUGCCAUCCCAACUACUUCCCUAAUCUGCUCUCCCAAUCUUUUGAUUCACCACCUUUCUCACUGAUCUAUACAAACCAACCAAUACUCUCCUCCGACUCCUUACAUGUGCACACUAACCAGUUAGUAUUUCUUCAUUCCAGCUACUUGGAUACAUACCAAAUCGGAGAGAAAUUAAUUAAUUAACCAUGUUUCUCGAAAACAUGUUUGAUUCACAAGCUGCUUUAACAACAAAAUUUAAGCUUCUACUUCAGAUGGCCUGGCCACAAAUAGAGUCGCCUUGUCUGCGAGAGCACGUAAGCAUACUAGUACAACUUGGUUUCCUCGGGAUCUUGUUAUUCUAUUGUCUAGGAAAUUGUGUGGGUAAAGCAUGCAAAAAGACGACAAAAAUCCCUGAUCAAACCCCAGACAAAUACUCUAUUGAAGUUAAACUCAGCCCAGCUUACAAAGCCAGUAUCAUUUCUUCCAUUUUGCUGCUCGGAGUCCAUGUCUCACAGCUAUUACUGCUCCUAAAUGGUCAGGAAACCCAUUGCAAGUCUCAACUUCUAUCAAUGUCCUCUCAAGCCAUGCAAGUAGCAUCAUCCAUCAUCGCAGUGAUUUCAGUAUUCAAGAUCCUGAAUGACAGGUAUCCUAAGUUUCCUUGGAUUCUAAGACUAUGGUGGCUUUGCAGCUUCUUGUUAUCUAUAUCCUGCACAUUUUCAGAUACCUACUCUCAAGUGACAAAACAGGGCCAUCUUACUGCACUAGAUUACACAGACUUCUUUGCUGCCCUCUCAUCCACCUUCUUGUUGGGUGUUGCAAUCCACGGGAAGACGGGAAUAGUGUCCUACUCACCUAAUGGCAUCAGUGAUCCACUUCUUUACGGGAAGACUGAUAAACAUUCUGAAGGAAGACAAAGCGAAUCUCCAUAUGGAAAAGCUACUUUUCUCCAGCUCAUUACCUUCUCCUGGCUCAACCCAUUGUUUGCCGUUGGUGUCAAAAAACCUCUUGAACAGGAUGAAAUCCCAGAUGUUGACACCAAAGAUUCUGCUGGAUUUCUUUCCCCGGCCUUUGAAGAUUGCAUUAACAAGGUUAAGGAGAAAGACAGGACCACAAACCCUUCUAUCUACAAGGCUAUUUUCUUUUUCAUCAGAAAGAAAGCAGCUAUUAAUGCACUAUUUGCAGUUGUCAAUGCUGGAGUAUCAUAUGUUGGCCCUUACCUCAUUGAUGAUUUGGUAAUUUUUCUGACCGAGAAGAAAACCAGGAGCCUAGAGAGUGGUUACCUUCUUGCACUAGCCUUUCUAUGUGCUAAAAUGAUCGAGACAAUAGCACAGAGGCAGUGGAUAUUCGGUGCCCGCCAGUUAGGCCUUCGCCUUAGAGCUGCUUUGAUAUCUCAUAUUUACAAAAAAGGCUUACUUUUGUCAAGCCAAUCCCGCCAAAGUCAUAAUAGUGGAGAGAUCAUUAACUAUAUGAGCGUAGACAUCCAGAGAAUCACAGAUUUCAUAUGGUAUAUGAACGUCAUAUGGAUGUUGCCUAUACAAAUUUCCUUAGCAAUCUUCAUUCUGAAGACAAACCUAGGUUUGGGAUCAUUGGCAGCAUUAGCAGCAACUUUCACAGUGAUGAUGUGCAAUAUACCCAUCACAAGAAUUCAGAAAAGUUACCAAUCUAAGAUCAUGGAAGCCAAGGACAACAGAAUGAAAGCCACUACAGAAGUGCUUCGAAAUAUGAAGGUUCUGAAACUUCAAGCGUGGAACAGUCAUUUCCUCCACAAGCUAGAGAGCCUAAGGCUUACUGAAUAUAAUUGGCUGUGGAAAUCCUUAAGGCUUUCAGCAAUUUCAGCUUUCGUCUUCUGGGGAGCGCCAGCAUUUAUCUCUGUGGUGACAUUUUCGGCAUGCAUGCUAAUGGGAAUUCCACUAACAGCUGGAAGAGUUCUAUCAGCAUUGGCUACCUUCCGCAUGUUGCAGGAUCCCAUUUUUAAUUUACCUGAUUUGCUCUCUGUGAUUGCACAAGGCAAAGUCUCAGCAGAUAGAGUGGCUUCCUACCUCCAAGAAGGUGAAAUUCCGCAGGAUGCCACUGAGUACAUUCCAAUAGAUGAAACAGAGUUUGCGGUUGAGAUUGGUGAGGGGAGAUUCAGCUGGGACCCUGAGUUCAGCAUACCGACCCUUGAUGGAAUACAGUUGAAAGUGAGAAGGGGGAUGAAGGUGGCCAUAUGUGGGACAGUAGGAUCAGGGAAGUCUAGCUUUCUUUCUUGCAUUUUAGGAGAAAUACAGAAACUAUCAGGGACAGUGAAGAUCAGUGGUACAAAGGCUUAUGUUCCUCAAUCUCCAUGGAUACUAACAGGAAAUAUUAGGGAAAAUAUUCUAUUCGGAAAUCGACUUGACAGUGCCAAGUAUUACAGAACGAUAAAAGCAUGUGCUUUACUAAAGGACUUUGAGCUGUUCAAUUGUGGUGACCUCACAGAGAUUGGAGAAAGAGGAAUAAAUAUGAGUGGGGGUCAAAAGCAAAGGAUACAAAUUGCUCGUGCAGUAUACCAGGAUGCCGACAUAUAUCUACUUGAUGAUCCCUUCAGUGCUGUAGAUGCCCAUACAGGCACCCAACUCUUUCAGGAAUGCUUAACGGGAAUUCUAAAAGACAAGACUAUACUUUAUGUUACCCACCAAGUCGAGUUUCUCCCCGCAGCAGACCUCAUUCUGGUGAUGCAAAAUGGAAAAAUAGCCCAAGCUGGAACAUUUGAAGAACUUAUGAAACAAAAUAUAGGAUUUGAAAUUCUCGUGGGUGCUCAUAGCCAGGCCAUAGAGUCGGUUCUUAAAGUUGAAAAGUCAAGAAAAACAUCUCAAAGCCCCGUACCUGAUCAUGACUCCAAUUUGGAUUCCACCUCAAAUGCAAACCUUUCAAGCACACGACAAGACUCAGACCAUGACUUCACUCUAGAGAUAACAGAAAAGGGAGGGAAACUGGUGCAAGAUGAAGAAAGAGAAAAAGGAAGCAUCGGAAAAGAAGUUUACUGGUCAUACUUAACCACUGUGAAACGUGGAGCCUUGGUUCCCAUCAUACUCUUGGCACAGACGUUAUUCCAAGUGUUGCAGAUUGCAAGUAACUACUGGAUGGCAUGGACUUCACCUCCUACAACUGAAAGUGAACCAGUAAUGGGAAUGAACAUAAUAUUACUCGUUUAUGUACUACUUGCCUUUGGAAGUUCAAUCUUUGUACUGAUCCGUGCCACACUAAUAGCAAUAGCAGGGCUUUCAACUGCACAAAAGCUCUUCAAGAACAUGCUGCAUAGUGUAUUCUGGGCGCCAAUGACAUUCUUUGAUUCCACACCGGCUGGACGAAUUUUGAACAGAGCAUCUAUGGAUCAAAGUGUGCUAGACUUGGAAAUGGCAACUAGACUAGGUUGGUGUGCUUUCUCAAUUAUACAGAUAUUAGGAACCAUCGCAGUUAUGUCCCAGGUUGCAUGGGAAGUAUUUGUAAUUUUCAUUCCGGUAACAGCAAUCUGCAUAUGGUACCAACGGUAUUACAUACCAACAGCAAGAGAACUGGCCCGCUUAGCAGGAAUACAGAGAUCUCCAAUUCUUCACCACUUUGCAGAAUCACUAGCAGGAGCAGCCACAAUUCGUGCUUUCGAUCAAGAAGACCGUUUUAUUGAAGCAAACCUUGAUCUCAUAGACAACCACUCAAGGCCAUGGUUUCAUAAUGUAUCAGCAAUGGAAUGGCUUUCCUUCAGAUUGAAUUUACUAUCUAAUUUUGUGUUUGGUUUCUCAUUGGUUUUGCUGGUGACCCUCCCUGAAGGAGUAAUAAGUCCAAGUAUUGCAGGAUUGGCAAUAACAUAUGGAAUUAAUUUAAAUGUUUUGCAAGCUUCAGUGAUCUGGAACAUUUGCAAUGCAGAAAAUAAAAUGAUUUCAGUCGAACGAGUUCUUCAGUACUCAAAUUUAACAAGCGAAGCCCCUCUCUUGAUUGAAGAAUGCAGACCUCCAAACAACUGGCCAGAAGUAGGAGAAAUAUGCUUCAGAAAUUUGGAGAUUCGCUAUGCAGAACAUCUUCCGUCUGUCCUGAAAAACAUCAACUGCACAUUUCCAGGAAGGAAGAAAGUUGGUGUUGUAGGAAGAACAGGGAGUGGGAAAUCAACCCUUACACAAGCCAUUUUUAGAAUUAUAGAAGCCAAAGAGGGAAGAAUUAUAAUUGACAAGGUGGAUAUAUCCAAGAUAGGGCUUCAUGACUUGCGAUCAAGGCUAAGCAUCAUUCCACAGGACCCGACAAUGUUUGAGGGAACAGUGAGAGAAAACCUUGAUCCACUAGGCCAACAUUCUGAUUGUGAAGUAUGGGAGGCUCUGGAUAAAAGUCAGCUGGGUGAUUUGAUGAGAUCAAAGAUUGAUAAGCUGGAUGCGACAGUAAUAGAAAAUGGAGAAAACUGGAGUGUGGGACAGAGACAGCUGUUGUGUCUGGGAAGAGCGCUGCUAAAGAAAAGCAGCAUACUGGUGCUGGAUGAAGCAACAGCAUCGGUGGAUUCAGCGACAGAUGGGGUGAUACAGAGAAUCAUAAGCAAAGAGUUCAGCAACAGGACAGUGGUGACGAUAGCUCACAGAAUACACACGGUGAUAGACAGUGAUCUAGUAUUGGUUCUGAGUGAUGGAAGAAUAGCGGAAUACGACACGCCAGAGAGACUGCUAGAAAGGGAAGACUCAUUCUUCUCAAAACUGAUAAAAGAGUACUCAAUGAGGUCCACAACAGCAACAGCAUCUUAGCAAAUGGACUUUCAAGUUUAGCAGCAGCAGUAGUAGUAGUAGUAGUAUAUUCAUAUCCAGUCCAGGAGGGCAAUUUGUAAGGAAAUGUUAAAGCUGGUAAUUUAGAAUAGAUAACACAAAAGCAUAUCUCUUGUUAUGAAACAAAUAAUGCUCAUAUUAUGCAUACAAGGACAAUAGCAACUCUUAUUCUUAUA